AUGUUAAUGUCAAAUCCGAUCUGCAGGUUGACCACUAUACCUCCUGCACUUGGCUCUCUGACUUCUCUAAGGCAGCUUCAUGUUCCCAAUAAUAAGUUGACUAGCCUUCCAAAUGAAAUAGGCUUGCUGACUCAGCUUGAAGUUUUGAAGGCCGAUAAUAAUCGAAUAACCACUAUUCCGGCAUGCAUCGGUGAAUGUGGGUCUCUUGUUGUGCUGCGUUGCAUCUCAGUUAUAAUGGUCAACAUUCCCUGCCUUGUACCUUAUUCAAACACUGCCUCCAGCUCACCACACUGGAUCUCCACAACACUGAAAUCACAAUGGAUGUCCUGCGUCAGUUUGAAGGGUGUGAACUCUGCUGCAUUUGACGAAGGCGCUGAUAAAAACUAA